CCCGCAUAUCUAUCCGCAUAUAAAGACGGUUCUCUGGAACGAUGUAUGAAUUGUACUGUGGAAAAUGGAAAUCUCGUAGAGUAUAUAUAUAUAUAUAUAUACGGAACAUUGAGAAAUUUUGAGAAUGCAUGAGAAGAGAUUUUAGAUGCAUGGUUAAAGCGACUGGAUGAUCGAGGGAGAGAGAUAAUGAGUAAAUGCAAGGUCAGAAAGAUCGUAAACUAGCCAAAGGCUAUUUCUUGGGAUUAAAGACUUGGUUAAGAUUAAUCAAUAACACGGCUUGUUAAAGCCAUGUUCCUGGGGCGUGAUUGCAGUUUGCAUUACUACGUUCUUUUGCAGAUUUGAAAAAUUCCCUUCUGUUGACUGAAUUUUUACCGACUUUCAAUUAAUUAUUGAAUGGAAUUUUUUUUUUUUUGAAAUCUUACAAUCCAUUUUCUAUUACCGGUUAUUAUUAUUAAAUAAUUUUUAAAUAAGCGAGCUGCGGAAUGCUGUUUUAAAUCUUAAUCCAUCUUCUUGUGUUUACCAAUAGACACGGUUAUAUUAAAUAUAAUCCUUCGAAAUUACACGUCAUAUUAUACCGACAAUCGUAUAAAUCAGAUAGAUGAAAACGAUCGAACAAUGAAAGACGGAUGAUGGAAAAGUGUGUACAUUAGAACGGACGAAAGCCAAAUGAAGUUUAUCUCGAGGAAGCCAACCCUCUCGAAGGCGACUCUCGUCGUCACAGAUUCCAAUCUUCUCCCUAUUCUCUUCGUCUUCGGUGAUCUAUCGAUUGCACGAGUUUUCGCAGAUUCCCGUCGUCCCGCUCUCUCUCUCUCUCUCUCUCUCUCUCUCUCUCUCUCUCUCUCUCUCUCUCUCUCUCUCUCUCUCUCUUUCGUCGACUCUUGUAAAAAUCGAGAAAGCGCCUUUUUAAUGAGGCGAGGAGGAGGGGUGCGGUAGGAAUCAUAGCCAGGUACCGCUUUGGACGGCCUUAAUGGUUUCCUAUUCACGAGAAGCGUGCGAAAAUUAGCCGAGCUAAAAGCAUCGGGUAAUCGAGUUAUUACGAAUAAAAGAGGAGCGGCAAGGGCAUCGCCUGUAGAAUGGUUGCACGAUAGUUGAUGCCAGAUACCGUUAAAAGCGACCAAUUAAUGCCGUUAAUUCUAUAGCCCAACCAUCGAACGAUCCACCUUCGAAUCGUCGAUAAUCGCAUUUUAGAUCGUCCGAGGGAACGGGAGGGGCGAAUCACGGAGCGAGAAUGGGCGGCGGAGAAUGGAAUGGUUGGUUGCAACGAUGUCGAGAAUCGCGAAGAUUGGUCCUCGUGAUCGUCGCUAUUGCUCUACUUUUGGAUAAUAUGCUCCUGACCACGGUCGUUCCAAUUAUACCAGAGUUUCUGUACGAUAUCAAGCAUCCGAAUGCAACGUUGAGCCAACAUUUCGAACAAAGUGGACGAGCAACGGUCACCACUGUCCAUCCAACGAGUAUCAAUAUCGUGACCUCCACGAGCCCGAGUGUAACCACCACGCCGAAAUGCCUUUGCACGUCGACCAAAACCAAUGACUCUCAAUUGGAAUUUCUUUACCCGAGCACACCGCCUAGCGUCGAGUCGACAACGGGUUUGCUCGGGACCACGAGCAGCAGUGAAACGGGUUCAACGACAGAAUCGGAAGAAAAACAACGACACCGCGAAUUACUUCAAGAAACGGUCGCCGUUGGUAUAAUGUUCGCCUCGAAGGCUUUCGUUCAAUUGCUGGCAAAUCCGAUAGUGGGUCCCCUUACCCACAAGAUCGGUUACAGCAUACCUAUGUUCACCGGUUUCAUUAUCAUGUUCAUUUCCACUCUGAUAUUCGCAUUCGGCCGAAGUUACGGCAUUCUUUUCUUAGCAAGAGCGCUUCAAGGUGUUGGUUCGUCGUGUUCGAGCGUGUCUGGUAUGGGUAUGCUCGCUGAAAGAUACCAAGAUGACAAAGAGCGUGGAAACGCAAUGGGUAUUGCGCUCGGUGGAUUGGCCCUUGGUGUUCUCAUCGGCCCACCAUUCGGCGGUGUAAUGUACGAAUUCGUUGGGAAAUCUGCUCCGUUCUUGAUACUUUCUGCGUUGGCACUUGGUGAUGGAAUUUUACAACUUUUGGUGCUUCAACCGUCCGUCGUGUACACUGAAGCGGAUCCACCAUCGCUAAAAACACUCAUCACCGAUCCUUAUAUCGUUUUGGCUGCUGGUGCAAUAACAUUCGCUAAUAUGGGUAUCGCUAUGCUUGAGCCCAGUCUUCCAAUUUGGAUGAUGGAUACGAUGUGUGCAAGUAGAUGGGAACAAGGUGCUACGUUUCUGCCGGCGAGCAUUAGUUAUUUAAUUGGAACUAAUCUUUUUGGACCACUUGGGCAUAGAAUGGGCAGGUGGUUAGCUUCAUUGAUCGGUCUUGUUGUGAUUGGCAUUUGCUUGAUGUGUAUACCGCUAGCUAGAAGUAUCAACCAUUUGAUCGUACCUAAUGCAGGCUUGGGAUUUGCUAUUGGUAUGGUGGACAGUUCGAUGAUGCCCCAAUUAGGAUAUUUAGUGGAUAUACGACAUACUGCUGUUUAUGGAAGCGUGUAUGCCAUUGGAGACGUUGCGUUCUGUUUAGGUUUCGCAAUUGGACCUGCUUUGAGUGGUACGUUAGUCAACAGUAUUGGUUUUGAAUGGAUGUUAUUUGGCAUUGCUAUUUUAAAUUUUAUUUAUGCUCCGUUGAUGUACUUUUUACGAGCACCGCCAACGAAAGAAGAGAAAAAGUCAUUGAUAAUUGGUGAAAAAUCGUCUGUACGCUACGUAACGUAUCAGAACGAGGAGGAAGAACAAUAAUUGAAAGGAUGAUUUCGAAUACAAAAUACGCAGUUCACCCCCUGCAUUCUUGAGAUGGAACAACGAGUUAAUACGAUGAAAGAAUUCUAUGUCGAUAAUGUUUCCAAAAAUAUAAUUAGACUAAAUAUUAUUUACUCCUUUGUUUAGCGCAAACUGUAUAUAUACAUAGUAUGUAGUAUUAGAUCGUAAGAAUAAGUGUGUGCGUUCAAAAAUCGUAUGCGUCGAUGACGCAUUAGCUAACAGAUAUAUUGAUUGAUCGAGGCACCGAAGUAAAGAUACAUUGAUAUAUCAUUCGAUCAAAUAUGCGAAUUUUUAAUCAGUUGAGAUAUUGUCCAUCUUUCAAAGAUCAUUAAUUUUUAUUUAAAUGGAGAAUCACCUACUUUGGAUUCCCUGAAUGGCUGCAGGGAAACCGUAACAAUAAUAAUAAUGAGCAGGUAUGAUGAAGAGUUCUCCAAAUUCUUAAUAAUUAAAUCGAAUCGGAUGAAAAAUUUAAAUAUUGUGAUGAUUUUUUUUUUUUCUUAAAUAUAAUCAUGGAGGAAGGCGAUAUCUCCAAUGAUUGAAAAUUCGCAGCUUUGUUUUUAACGAGGAAGAGAAAAAAAUUGAAUUUAGACACGUUCUCGACGCGAUGCUUCAUAUUUGUCUGAUCAAUCCGAUAAUUUAUCGGUGAUCAAUAAUUCUUCGUGCUCUAUCAUCGCUUACUUAAAAGUAACCGAAUGAAUAUUUCUUGAAUAUGAUCGGGGAUGUAUUCAAAGUAAAUAAACUGUAGUCAUUGAAGAAAAAACUGUUAAAACAUUCGACGAAUUUGCAAAUUACAAGAUAUUUUAUGUGAAUUCGCGGCGGAAAACUAAUGAAAAAAUUUAUUUAUUUAUUUAUCUUUUUUUUUAUAAAUGUAAUGCAUGUCAAGAUAAAUUCUUUUUAAAAGGGAACGAUAUAGAAACAAAACUCGUAUAUAUUCGAUAACGCGUUCUCUUUCUUCUUAGUAAUUCUAUAUAGUGCAUAAUAGAGAUCAUUUAGAAUAACAUAAUAUAUUAGAUAGAAUAUAUAGAUAGAAUAUAUUUAUAGAAAUAAGUAACAGAAUGUUUACAUGUGUGUAUAUCGAUAUAAAAUAUCUUCGUUGAUCAUUAUAUUUGUUGUUUCAUCGUGAAAAAUGCAUGAGAUUGUUAAGAAUAGAAAUUAUAUGGUAUGUUCAUGACUGUAUAAAGGAUCCUAAGCUAUUGUAAGUGGAUAUGGAAAAACAAAAGAACUAAUUGGAUUGUUAUUUACAAUUGCCUAUUAUUAUAAAUCUCUGACGUAAAAUCAUUCUAACAAAAAAUUGAUUUUAUUAUAUUAUAUUUUCUGAUAACGGUGCAUGAAAUUAUUAUACUAUAUCUUUCUAAUAAUGUAAAAUGUUUGAAUCUUCAUAGAUUCUGUACAUUCAUAUAUGUUAUUAUAUUAUUAUAAUAAUAUUUAUAAUAGAAAGAGAUAGUAUUAAAAAAGAUUAUCAAAAUGAGAAAUAAAAAUUAGAUUAGAAUUUGCAUUAUUCAUUAAAUUUGAAUAAAAUAAAAAAUAAUUAAAGAUAUAUAUAUAUACAUAUAGUGAAAUGAAAAUAUAAUAAAAUAUAGUUGACGAAGAACAGUUUUCUACCGCGAAUUCAGUGAAUUCUCGAGGUUGCGUUACGUUAUCACGCGAACGCCGACCUACUCCCGAUAAGAAACGCGAGUCAAUUCGAUUUGCAAAUUCAUCGCGAACGUUUGACACGAUCGAGCGUUCUUGAGAGAGAGGAAGAGGAGGAAGAGGAGGAGAAAUAGAACGAGGGCAUCAUAUUUGAAAAUGGAAAAUGAAUCGAUUAAUGAUUUCGAUUUACAGAACCGAAUAUUGAAAAAUUUUAUCAAGAAACGGCGAAUCGUCAUCUCCGCAUCGAUAUGCAUAUAUAUAUCGGGUAUAAAUUUUCUGUAUUGAUAUUAAAAUGCGAUAUAUAUUCUCGUUAAGGAUUCUUCAUAUUUCUGUAAAUAUAAAAAACAUAUGUAUUUACAUAUGUAUUUGAGAAGAAAUUAUAACAGAAUGUAAUCAAAAGUCGGCGUCAACUUCAUUGUAAAUCGACAAUGAUUUGCCAGCUUCUUUUUCAUUUUCAUUCUCUUUCUUUUUUUCUGCCACGCAUGAUAGAACCUCGAUCGUGAUGUAUAUAUCAUCUAUUUUAUCGAUGUAAUGAUAUCACGCUUUUACAACUUCUUGACUGUGCUCCGCGUCAAACGAAUAGAAAGAAAAUCUUAGCGAUUAACUCAUCGAUAGCUGCUAUUGCAAACAGACAAUAAUCGAUAUAUCACGAGACGAAAGUUUCUUUAUAUGCAACGUUUAUUGUUAUUUAAUGAAACCUUCGUUUCGAUAAAUUACGUGUCCUUGAUCAAUCCAUUUAAAUUCGACAAAUUGUUCAAUAAAAGUUUCAUUCGAUUUAUAAGAAACCAGAACGAAGAACUAGAACAACCGCAUAUGUAUAGACAUAAUUUAAUCUCGGAUAGGCAUUGCGCACAGGCACAACCCAUUAAACUUCUACAUUUCUUUCCUUCUAUUCUUUGUCAUUUUAACAUAUAUACAUACAUAUAUACAUAUAUAUGUUUAACCAGCUGGUGUAUGGGUCCGAUUUAAUCUGCCUGUGUAAUUGUUGAAAAACAGUAAGACUCAAAAAGGAGAAAGGUAUUUUUUAUUCUCGAUAUUGCGUGUGCAUAUGUGUGUGUGUGUACUUGCGUAAUCUUGUAUUAAAGUGCGUAAAAAAGCAUGCAUUUAUAAAGGAAAAAUUAUGUGAGAGGGAGUUAGAAUAUGUACGCAUAUCGGAUCUGAAAAUCGUCUGAUUUUCGCCCAGUGGUAUUAAUAUUUGAACGCGAUGCUCCAAAACCUCGAAUUCUUAUCUCGUAAGAUCGCUGCGAACAAACUUUAUUUUAAUGAAUCGUAUUAUUCGACGUUACGUGUCGUUGAAAACCAUUAUAUGUUUACAUGUAUGUUGUUCAAUAACAUAUUUAAAUAAAUAUUUGCGUGUUUAACAUAAAAAAUUACUAUAGAAUAUAUUAUCGUAUGUCUGGAAUAAAGCAUUAAAAUUUCUUCAAUUUUCUAUUAUUAACCACGCAAUAUUCUUUUUUAAUGUGAUAUAAUAGAUAUUUCAAUAUACACAUUAUAUACAUGUGUUGUGUACAAUAUAUAUACACAAUAUUUAAUUUAUUUAUUCUCUAGUGUAGAAAAAUAUUUUGUUAAAGAACACAUAUUAAUGAUCGAUUCCACGGAUGAAAGAUUCUAUGUUAACAAAAAAAAAAAUACACAAUACGAUUGCGUUAAUACA